AAAUUCAAUGUCAUCCUCUCAAUCUUACAUUUUCAUUUAUUCAUUACCUACAACAGGAAGAUGAAGAGGUAGUUGAUGAAGGUGAUUAUGAAGACGAACUUCCACCAGAAACAAGUUCAACUACACCGGCGCCUAAGAAAUUAAUCAAAGGAGGAAUUGUCAGGCCGUUCAGAAGCAAUGAUGAUCUUCUUGCCACCCUGAAGAGGAGGAGAGAACAAGUUGUCAGCAAUAAAGGGAACAAACCCGUUCAGGAAGAAGAAGACUCGGCAUCUGCUCCAGUAGAAAAAGAAGCACCGAAGAGAAGCUCUUCGUCCGGAAGAAAAAAUAGGUUCAGUGCCAAGGAGAAACCAGAGAAAAACGCGGUUCCUGAGGAUGAACCGGCACCUGCUGCCCCUGCAAGAACGGGCAGAAGGUUCUCUGGUAGAAGUUAAAAACUAUUCUAGGUUAUAGAAAUUUGUGUUAAAAAAAAUUAUGUAAAGUGCAAACCACUCAGUUCUUGUCUUUGAUGAAUCGAAAGAAAAAUGUUUCAAUAUUUUCCUUGAAAUGAUGUAAGCGUAGUUCGUUGUCAAAUUAUUUUAUCAGAAAAUUCAUGGCCAUUCUUUAAAAAGCAUAAUAUAUUUCCUUUCAUAUAAUGAAUUUACAGCUAGAAGUGGAAACUUGAUUUUUUUCUAUGAAAACAUAGUGAAAAUGACUCAAUGUCAAGUCUUGAAUAUUGACCAUAUCAAUUCCAUAUCUGAGAUCACGAAUGAGUAUUGAAAACGAAGUGGUUUCAAAUUUUCAUAUAAAUAAAUCAAUGGUCUCAGAUAUAAUUGAAAAUAUCUGAAAUAAACAAUCAAAUGAGUAGUCCACUGGUCCCAAUAAUUAUACUUUAACAAUACUGUUCGAAUUCUCAAUAAAUAAACCCCUAAUUAGUUCUUCAUUUGUAAUGUGUCAGGAAUCACACGUUAAAAGGUAAGACCUCGUUAAUCCUUAUCUCGCACGAGUUUAGACUUCUGAGGGUUGUCGUUUGUAGGGGUUCGACAGUUGGUUAACGGAAAAACAAAACAGAUUGAACAGAAUUCGCCUAAUUAAAUUCACUUUGCAAAAACUGCUACUAUGAAAGCUUUGCAAAUGUUGCCAUCUUGAUUUCCUACAUGUAGCAUUAACUGGGUAUAAUUGUAUUUUAAUUAAAUGAUUUGGAACAGAUUUUGAGUGUAGAUUUCCAUGACUGAAAAUCUACAGUUGAAAAAGAAACUCGAAACACCUAUUUUUUGGAACUCCCAAUUUCAUGAAGCUACGAAAAGAUAGCGACUGAACUAAAAGCAAAUAAAUAUCGAAAGUAAUCAAUAACGGAAAUAUAAUAUGCAAAAGUUAGAUAUAGAGAUAUUGGAGUUUCUGUAAAAUCAGAAAAGGUAAAUGAAGUGUGGAAGCUGGUAUACAAACAACUGGUAUGUAAACAACCGUUAACGGAAAAUUAAAUUUUUACAAAACAUUAAAAGAAAACAACGUGAAAAUGCUUAUGAAGAAACUGAUAACGAAGUUACCACGAAUUAUUGAAAAAGUAGAUAUAAAAAUAGUUCAGUUUCAAGACGAUACUACUCCAACAGAACUAUCUACAUUAACUUUUUACAGUUGCAAAACCAGCAAUGCUCAAACUGCUCUUUCAAAACUGUCUAUGUUCAAUAUAUAAUUCUAAUGUAUUAAUCUCAUUCACAUCCAGAAGUAUUAUGGUUCAGACAAUAAAAUGUUGUUUCCUUUCGUAUUGUAUAUGACUAAUUAAUUCAACACUUCGUGAGAUGAGUUUUUUCGACAACAUAGCGGGAAUUGCAAGUGGACUACUCCAAUGAUUUUUUGAUAAGUUCAGAUAUACAAAACACUGAUACAUUUAGAAUUUUACAAGUCCUAAUAGUUACAUAUUCUAUUCGAAAGUAUUUUAUUCUUCUAGGAAAAACAGUGGUUUUUAAUUACCUUUGAACAAAACUGUCUCAACCGACUUUGAAAUAAUCGUAUGAAGAAUUUAGGUUUCAUCAAUGCAUAUUCAAAAUAUCUCCGUUUUACUAACAAAAUACUGAGCCAAGAAACAUAGUGGUUGAUACGAUAUGAAUGAUCUUUGGAAGACUCAUCUUCACACCUUAUAACAUUUGGAACCAUUGUUA